AGUACAAUUAGUUUCGCGCGAGCCUCGCGACCUACCGUGACAUUCCACUAAUACGAAUUAAAAGAAGGAUCGAACAACAUCAAACCCGUUCAUUUUAAAUUUUGUGGAACAUCUAAUAAUAAAAUUAAACAUAGACAAUUUAUCGAUCGAACCUGUUCAGUAAUUUCUGUAUCGAAUUACGCGGUUAACAUUGUUUACCGCUAGAAAAGCUGAAAGAAGCUAACCCGUAAUAGCGAGACAUUUGAACCAUUGUUAAACAUGCCACGAAAGCGACGUGUCUCGACACCAUCGUUCGACGCUGAAGAAAAUGAGUUUGUCUCCGAAGAGAAGUACAGCAAGGAUGACUUGGAUAGCCGUGCACCUAGGAACGCCGCGAAUGCGAGGGAACGUGCUCGGAUGAGAGUCCUGAGCAAAGCGUUUUGCAGAUUAAAGACUACUUUACCAUGGGUACCAGCAGAUACAAAGCUCAGCAAAUUGGAUACCCUUCGUCUCGCUGCAACUUACAUUGCUCACCUUCGAGCUGUUCUCAGGGAUGACGGGGAUGCACAUUCGGAAACUACGAGGUCUUUGUCACUCGCGCUGUCGUGGCCAUUCGCUCUUCAAGGCAGUAGCGCUUCGAUGUUGAUGAACAACAGUUGCAACGUGUCAUCCUCGACAACACCAAGUUCUAAUCAGUACCGUGGUCAGCAGGGAACACACGAGAUCCAGAAUUUCCAUCAUCCUGGACAUCAGAACAUGUCGACACGUCACAAUCACGAGCCGCAACUCUCCUAUUUCUAAUAUCCCCCUCUGAAACGAGGGAUUCAAUACUUUUUAACGAGCAAAACAAGAAUGCUCUGUUCACAAACGAGGUCUACUGUCUCUUUGAAUGAUGCCAAAUAAUAAGAUAAGCAUUAGAUACUAUAUUUAUUGCAGAGUGCCUUACUAUUCUACUAUUUAUUGAUCUACUAAUUAAUAUUUUUAAGCAAUCAUUAUUAUCGCGACAAUGCAAUCUAUUUUACUCAUUAUUGUAACCAAAGCAUAAGAACUAGUCCAAUAAAGUAUUUUUACAAUUGUAAAUCGUUAAUCUCUUUUCCUUCUUUUUAAAAUUUAUUUUUAACCACUAUUGUUCAUCGUUUUAAUUGUUAAUCCACUUUAAUUACCUAUCGCCGUGCUUAUGUAAAACUUUUUUUUGUAAUUAAUGCUUACAUUGUUUUCGUGUUUUAUUAUUCAGUUUAAAUAAAACAUGUAAUUAAUUUCAAAGAGGCUAAGUACAAUUUUCUCGAAGAAUAAUUACUUUCAAUAGAUUCUUUCAGAAGUUAUGUCUUAGUUAGUUUCCAAUAUUGAGGACUCUAAUUUUGAAUCCCAAUUUAUAUUGGAAUAAGUGAUUUCAUUUCCCUUCAUUUUAUAUACUCGAAUUGCUAUCAAUGUAAGCUAUACUUUAUAACUUUCCUAAAUUCUGUGUUCAGUUUAUUUCUAUUUCCAGUAUACACCUACGUUAAUUGUCCACUCGGUACUAUGUUUCUCAAACAACGCAUCAUCUUUUAUCACACGAUUCAACCAUCGAAAAAAAUGUAAAUCAAUACAUAGCAUGAAAAA